GUUGGCUUGUGUGCAUCUUCGUGCGGGUGGUUGCAGAAGUUAGGGCAAGGACAAAGGGCAAUUUCUUUUGAUAGUUUUCUGGUGGUUCAAAACGGGCAAAAAAAAAUGGGGAUUCGUGGGACUGAAGAACACUGUUUCAUUGUCUCAUGCUUACGUUCUCUUAUUUGGAGCUCUGUUAGGUCCUCUUUCGUCGUCUCUCACAGGGGCCAGCGGAAGUGGUGACGCCAUGGCCGGAGGAAAACAAGGACGCGAGGAGACGAUGGAGUUGCCGGAUAUUGUUGGAAUAGCUCGCAGUUUGGCUGUUAUGGUCAGAAUUCAGGGGCCUGAUCCAAAGGGUCGGAAGAUGAGAAGACAUGCUUUUCACCAUUCAGAGUCGGGGAAGACAGCUCUCUCUGCAUCAGGUUUCCUAUUGUCUGAUUCAUUUGGUGAAUUCGCCAUUUGCAAUAAUCUCCAGGGGCUUGAUCAUCACGGAUCAUCGGCGUCCACUCUGGUUGUCACUAGCGCAUCCAUUGUGGAACCUUUUCUGUCGGCCCAACAUCAAUCUACCAAGUCAAAGGGAACCCCUCAGCUGAUUUACGGGGCAGAGAUCGAUGUCUUGGUUGAGAUUAAGAGGAAACCAGGGGAUAAUGGCAGGGAAGAAGAUCAUGAAAAUCCUUGUUGGAUGCAAUCACAUCUCGUCGCCUUGGUGGAUGUGCCAGCAUCUUUUCUUGCUCUCCAAACACUUUUAGAAGCUCAUAGUGGUUCAUCAGAGCAAGGCUCAUGGGAUGUAGGUUGGUCCUUGGCCCCAUUACAGAAUGAUCCACUGCCCAUUGAGGAUGCCUCUCGGACUCAGGAUGGAAGUGGAGUCAAAUACUCUUUCGAAAUUCAGAAACGCAAGACCUUGGAUGUUCCAAGCAAUUCUAGAUCCAUGGCCAUGUUGACCUCUAGAUUAGCUUUACUCAGGCUCCCUGGGAUAGUUUCCAAGGAUUUGCCGCUUAUCAAGAUCGCUUCACCCAGCAAAAGAGGUGAUCUUCUUCUGGUAGUUGGUUCACCUUUUGGUGUGCUAUCUCCAAUGCAUUUCUUUAACAGUGUAUCUGUGGGUGCUGUGGCAAAUUGCUGCCCGCCAGCCUCUUGCAACCCUUCACUACUGAUGGCAGAUAUACGAUGCCUGCCUGGAAUGGAAGGCAGCCCUGUUUUCAAUGCUUGUGCAUGUCUCGUUGGGAUAUUAACCAGACCCUUAAGGCAACGAGCGGGGGGUGCAGAAGUUCAGCUUGUGGUCACAUGGGAUGCCAUAGCAACUGCUUUGCGUGAGCAGCAACCAAACAGCAUGACCAUUCCAAAGAAUGAAAUGUUUGAGAAGUCUGAGUAUGGCAUGGAAGAUGCGUGUUUAAUGGGUGAUCACCCAAGGGGAACAAUUCUUUGUGUGGAACCUCUAUCUUCUGGUUUGGACUCCCACUCACUAGUGGGGUUUGAAAAGGCCAUGGCAUCUGUUGUUCUUGUUACUGUUGGGGAUGGGGCCUGGGCUUCUGGUAUUAUUCUCAAUCAGCAUGGCCUCAUACUCACAAAUGCUCAUCUCUUGGAACCAUGGAGAUUUGGCAAAACACCCCAACUCAAUGGAACUGAUGAGGACAAAUUAAGAACAUUAACUAGACCUUUCAAAAGAUCAUUUCAGAGGCAGGAGUCUGGUGAAUCUAAGGAAUCAGGUCAUGAAAGAAGCAUGGGGAAUAUCCUUUCAUCAGUUGGUUUCCCUUUCUACAAGAGCUAUAGGAGAAUACGAGUCCGGCUGGAUCAUAGGGAGCCACGUAUGUGGUGUGAUGCAAAACCAAUCUAUAUUUCCAAGGGGCCCUUGGACAUUGCUUUGCUUCAACUUGAACAUAUACCAAAUGUUCUCCAGCCAAUCAUUCCUGAUACACAGUCUCCCUCCCCUGGGUCAAGGGCAUACGUUGUAGGACAUGGCCUCUUUGGGCCACGCUCAGAUCUCUGUCCUUCUGUUAGUUCUGGAGUAGUAGCCAGAGUUGUCAAAACACAAAUACCUGUGAAGCCCGAUGAGUCAAAUGAUUCCGAGGAGAGAAAUCUACCAGCAAUGCUCGAAACAACUGCAGCUGUUCACGCAGGGGGUAGUGGUGGUGCCGUUGUCAAUACAGAUGGAUGUAUGAUUGGACUUGUAACAAGCAAUGCAAGGCACAGUGGAGGAACUGUCAUACCUCACCUGAACUUCAGCAUACCAUAUGCAGCUUUGAUUCCCGUGUUUAAGUUCGCUAAAGACAUGCAGGACAUGUCAGUAUUGCAGGUUCUUGACAAGCCAAAUGAACCUGUCUCAACUGUGUGGGCAUUGAUGCCCCAAAUGUCCCCAAGACCGUUGCCAAGAUUUCCAUAUCUACCCGAGUCUCUUUUGGAUCAGAAAGAAGGGGGAAAGGGAUCCCGUUUCGCCAAGUUCAUCACCGAACAUGUCGAGAAGGGAAGUUUUGGCAGUUCUUCUACUGCUGAAUUCAUUCCAAGCAAAUUAUGAGAGGAUAAAGUGCAAAGUAGGAUGAAGAUCUGUAGUUGAUUAUAUUCAAGGCUGAGAAGCCCAUUCUUUGUUUCAUGUGGUAUACAUCUUCUUGGGAUGUCCUUGUAUUCCCUAUCUAGCAUUUCUUUCCAUAUAAAGAUCUAUGUGGGUCUUGUAGUGAUGGGGUUUUUGAGCAUGAUAUACAUAUUCAUGCAUAGAGACACGAGCAUGCGUUACUAGUGGACUUAUUCUCUCUUCAGUUCAAAAUAAUUGCCACGCAUCGUCCUUUUCCCAACUAGUUCAAAAUAAUCGCCACAGACUUGUAUUAAGCAGUGGAUGUACCAAUUCAAUUAGCUGGAUUCUUACUCUUCUUUGUUAGGCAUUUGGAAUUCAAAAAGAUGUACAUUUAUAAUGACAUCUUGUUGUUUCGGUUGGUUCGUGACCAUUGAAGACAUUUUUAAUAAUUUGGGGCCUUCAGGCCAAAGUC